AUGAAAACUCAACGUCAUUACGCGGUCAGUUGUAUAGAAAGCGUAUUCGAACCGGUAGUUACACGAGUCAUUGAAUGGUAUCAACCUGAAGUGAUCGUUUUGCAAUGCGGCGCGGAUUCACUAAGUGGUGAUCGUCUUGGUUGCUUCAAUCUGUCAUCAAAAGGCCACGCACACUGUGUGCGAUUUGUCAAAAAAUUUAACAUUCCAAUGUUAGUAUUGGGAGGUGGCGGUUACACUGUACGAAAUGUGUCAAGGGCUUGGGCAUAUGAAACUGGUGUGAUUGUUGGACAGGAGGUUGGACCAGAAUUACCUCAACGUUCAGAGCACGAUUAUUUUGAAUAUUUUGGACAUGAUAAUAAAAUAGAUGUUCUUUCAAGCAAUAUGGAAAAUAAGAAUACGAGAGAAUAUUUAGAAAAGAUAACUGUCAAAGUAUUUGAAAAUUUGGAUCGAUCUAGGCAUACGCCCAGUGUCCAAUUACAAGAUAUACCAGGAAAAAGCUAUGAAUUCGAUGAACAUUUGGAUGAUGAUAAUCCGGACGAACGAAUUUCAAGACGGCUAAGAGACAAACAUAUCGCACCGGAUAAUGAAUAUUAUGAUUCAUCUGAUGAGGAAUGCACUUUUAAGAUUCCUAUUCCUAACGAAUACGGGCCUUCCAGAUAU